GGCUCGCCUGCUGGGCGUCGUGUGGAUCCCGCUCCUCGCGGUCUUGACCGUCGGGCUCGUCUCCCUGCACAAAUGCCAGCGCGGUCCCGGCCCCAUCCUGACGGCAGCUCGCUUGCUCGCGGCGGGGGUGCCAGGCUUAUGCCAGCGCCCAGACAACAUAUGUGUCAUCUCAAAUGCAGCAACGUGCAGCAACUGUCUUGCUGUGGGCCCAGAAUGUGGAUGGUGUACUCAAGAGGAUUUUAUGGCUGGAACAAAGCAGAAGGAACGAUGUGACAUAGUUUCUUAUUUAAUUAAAAGAGGCUGCAGUGCAGAUUUUAUAGAAAGUCCCGAAGUCAGUGUAACGGUAGACAGCAAUGAGGUUAAUAUACAAGUGACACCAGGAGAAGUUUCAAUCCAGCUCCAUCCAGGAUCUGAAGCAAGUUUUAUGUUGAAAGUCCGCCCACUGGAAAAGUACCCUGUGGACCUCUAUUAUUUGGUUGAUGUGUCUGCAUCUAUGCACAAAAAUAUAGAAAAAUUAAACUCCAUUGGCUUUGAUUUGUCUCGAAAGAUGGAAGAUAUUGCCAUUGAUUUACGACUUGGAUAUGGAUCCUAUGUGGAUAAGACAGUAUCACCUUAUAUUAGUAUUCACCCAGAAAGAAUCCAUAAUCAGUGUAGCGAUUAUAAUAUGGAUUGUAUGCCGCCUCAUGGUUAUAUCCAUGUCUUAUCACUGACUGACAAAAUAGCAGAAUUCCGAAGUGCAAUUAAUAAGCAAAAAAUCUCUGGAAAUAUUGACACACCCGAAGGAGGCUUUGAUGCUAUGCUUCAGGCAGCUGUGUGCCAGAGCCAUAUUGGUUGGCGCAAGGAAGCCAAGCGUCUACUUCUCAUGAUGACAGAUCAGACCUCUCAUCUGGCUCUUGACAGUAAAUUAGCAGGGAUAGUAAUUCCUAAUGAUGGAAACUGCCAUCUGAAAGAUAAUGUGUACGUCAAAGCAACCAGUAUGGAGCAUCCAUCACUGGGUCAACUUUCUGAAAAGCUCAUAGACAACAACAUUAAUGUCAUCUUUGCAGUCCAAGGAAGCCAAUUUCACUGGUAUAAGGACCUUUUGCCUCUACUGCCUGGAACUGUCGCCAAACAGAUAGAAUCACAGGCACCAAACCUCAGUGAUUUGGUGGUAGAAGCCUAUGAGAAACUGCUCUCUGAAGUGAAAGUUCAGGUGGAGAAAGCAGCCCAAGAAGUAAAGGUCAACGUUACUGCAAUCUGUCCUGACGGGAGUAGAAAAACAGGCUUGGAGGGAUGCAAAAAUGUGAAGGGCACAGCUGAAGUGUUAUUCAACAUCUCCAUUGCCCUGAAAGGAUUUGGCACAACCCAAGGAAGAAAAUAUGUUAUGCUGAAACCCCUUGGUUUCAAUGAAUCUACCAGAGUUAAUAUACAUACAAGAUGUGCUUGUCAGUGUGAGGACAGCGGGAAACACAAAAGAAUAUGUGUCAAUGAAUUGUCUGAGGAGGAUGCCGAAAUGUCCAACUGCAAAGGCAAAACCUUUGGCUUCACAAAAGAAUCUCCUUCUGACCAGUGCAAAAUGCAAGCGGACCAUCUCAUCUGCAAUGGUCAAGGAGACUGUGUAGAUGGAAAAUGCAUUUGCCACAAAACCAAACUUGGCAUCAUAUAUGGUAAAUACUGUGAAAAGGAUGACUUUUCCUGCUCAUACUACCUUGGAAGGUUAUGUGCUGACAAUGGUGAAUGUGAAGAUGGCAAAUGCAAAUGCUUUGGUGGCUGGGAAGGUGAUCGCUGCCAAUGUUCAUCGUCAUUACAAAAGCACUGCAUGAAUUCCAAUGGCCAGAUCUGCAGUGGAAGAGGAACUUGUGUGUGUGGAAGAUGCAAGUGCACUGAUCCUAGCAAUUUUGGCCGUUUGUGUGAAUUCUGCCCGUCUUGUAGAACAACUUGCAGUGACAAGCGACAUUGUGUGUCCUGUCAUCACUCCAACUUGUCUCAAAUUACACUGGAUCAGUGCGGAUCCUCAUGUGCUUAUAGGGUGCAUAAUACUGAGCAACCUUCAGAAUGUGUCUCCAAUGAUCCAAGCCACUUCAAAACCUUUUUCAAAAACUUUGUAAUUACAUUUCUGAUUGGGUUGAUUAAUAUACUUAUAAUCUGGAGGAUACUUCUGCAGUGGAACAAUAAUAAAAUUAAGUCUUCUGCUGAUUACAGAGUGUCUGCAACAAAAAAGGAUAAGAUGUUCUUGCCUACUGUUUGUACAAAAACAGUAACCUACAGACGUGAUAAGCCUGAAGAAAUAAACAUAAAGCAAGUGCAAGUAAAUGAAACUUUCAAAUGCAGCUCCUGAAGACAAGACUGCUUUGUUCAAAGCUUUCACAGUCAAGAAGUUUAUUUGAAAGGUCUUGCCUGAUACUUUGAGGUGGGGGGAGGGGUGUUAUGGGUUUGAACACUGUAAUGAGGUGACCUGGAAGUCUAGUUGCACAACAUAGCUAGAUCUCAGCUAGAGCUGCUCCAUUUUGAAAAAUCAAUGUGCGUUAACUACUGAUUAACAUAAUUACGUUGCUGAUUAAAACUGGGAUAUCUAGAUAGGGAGCCAAUUCAAUCUUGUUUGAGACUGAUAGAUUAAAUUGGCUUAGACUUCAGUGUCCUGGCUUAAGUGGGCUUUAUAUUGGUUUGCAACACCACUCUGCAUUGUAGCACUUUAACAUAAUGUAACUUAUUAGUUGUGGCAUAGAAUGUUAAUCUAAACUGGUGUGAUAAAAAAAGCACUGAUCUCACUUUAGAGUUAGCUAACACAGGUUUGAUCUAUGGCAGGGAUUCCCGAACGGUGUUAAGAAAAAUGUAGCUGGCAUAAAUAAGUGUCAAGUCAACUGUCAGUUCUGAUCUGAGUGCUGGGAACAAACAGAAUAGAGGGAAAGAAUGUGGCACCAGACAGACCCACAGGGAGAAGACAUAGGGAAUCCAAAAAGUUUGCUUAAAAUUCCUUUCUACCACCAGCACUGAUGAGCAAGCCCAGAUAAUCUUACAUUGCACUAAUUUGGAGCUGAGUGGAUAAGUAGGCUUGCAUCCAGUCUGCUCAAAAGACGCUAACAGCACAAUCCUAAACAUGUCUGCUCAAAAGUAAACACCACUGAGUUCAAUUAGGCUUAUUCCCAGGUAGGUAGGUAGGUAUAGGAUAACAGUCUUAGGCUACAGUCCUAAGCAUAUUUUAUUUGAACAACAAGCCCUGUUGAUAUCUAUGGGACUUACUUCCAUAUAAACAUGGGCUGCAAAUGCUUAGAGACUCAUUGGGAAAGUUUAUUCCUCCUGGCAACUUUGUACCUUUUGAUAGGGAACAGGGCUGGCUCUACAGUUGGGCAGAGUGAGGUAGUCACCUUAGGUGGCAGAUGCUGGGAAGGUGGCAGCAAAGUGUUGGAGGAAAGAGCUAUGGGCCACUUGGCCUGCCUUGCACCUUCUAAGCUAGUGUGAAAUCCUUGAACGUAGCUGAGUUAACUGUCCCAUCACCACUGUUGAUGAAAGAUUCAACCACCAGUCCAGUCAAGGUUUGUACAUAGAAUGGGAAGGUGCCAUCUUGCCUUUAGCUUCAGGCAACAAAAUAUCUUGGGUCAGCCGUGUUAGGGAAGUUCACAUCCUGAAGAGCUAUUUCUCUAUGUGAAUGAGCAAGUCAUGUGAUAACACUAACUAUGAUGUAUUUCAGAGAACACUAGAUAAAACUACAAGUUUGUUUUUGUAUACAGAGCACAUUUCAUUGAGUCUCUUUCACUAUUUCCUAACUAUUCUGUGUUUGUUUGCUUUGAGGUCUUUCUAAAAUGUGAUACAAUUCUUUCUUGUGAAAGAAUGGAAUAAAUAAAGAUUUUACUAUUACUGGAUUUUUUUUUAAAAAAGAAAAAAGCUAACAUUUUCUCAUGGUUUAUAGUUAGGAAUAAAUUUUACAUCAUCAAGACAGUAUAUAAAAGCUUUCAACUAGGUUUGACCAGUUUUCAUAUAUAUUUGAAAAUGCAGUAUUAGUGCAGAAAAUUGUGAGGUGGCAAGCAUAUGAGAAGCUUUGAAAUUGUAUGUCAUGUACCCUGUUCAAACGAGACUGUUCAGCUAUGGUGGUUAAGCAUUUUGAGCUGAACAUUAAGGUUUAGUGUGUUG